UCGUAUCUGCAUGACUGCAUGAGCUACUGUGCUGUUCAGUGGUCACUGCACGCUCUCUGAUCGGCUACGCCCAUGCAUCUCCUCGGCAGCGGCGUCGUCGUCACGGCCGUCCUGCUCGCCGUCCUCAACCUGGGUGCCGCGCCAGCGGCCGACGCGGCGACGGGCACGUUCAUCUACGCGGGGUGCUCGCCGUCCAGGUACGGGCCCAACACCGCCUUCGAGAGCAACCUCAACUCGCUCCUCUCCUCCAUCGCAUCAACGGCCUCCUCCGGCGCUGCGUACAACAGCUUCACCGCUGGCGGCGGCGCCGGGCCUGACCCGGCGGCCGGCACGGCCGCGUACGGCCUGUACCAGUGCCGCGGCGACCUGAGCCCCGGCGACUGCGUCGCGUGCGUGCGGCAGACGGUGGCGCGGCUGGGCACCGUGUGUGCCAACGCCUACGCCGCGUCGCUGCAGGUGGACGGCUGCUACGUGCGGUACGACGCCGCCGACUUCAUCGGCCGCGCCGACACCUCCACGGCGUACCGCAAGUGCAGCUCCAGCACGAGCCACGACGGCGCGUUCCUGAGCAGCCGCGACGGCGUCCUCGGGGAGCUGCAAGCCGCGGCGGGCUACAAGCUUAGCACCUCCGGCACGGUGCAGGGGGUGGCGCAGUGCCUCGGCGACGUCCCGGCGGCCGACUGCACCGCUUGCCUGGCGGAGGCGGUGGGGCAGCUCAAGGGCGCGUGCGGCACGGCGCUCGCCGCCGACGUGUACCUGGCACAGUGCUACGUGAGGUACUGGGCAAAUGGUUACUACUUCCGCUCUAAUUCAGAUAACUCCGGAGAUGAUGUUGGGAGGACUGUCGCGAUAAUAAUCGGAAUCUUGGCUGGCCUGGCAGUCCUCGUGGUGUUUAUUUCUUUCCUCAGGAAAGCAUGUUAGCAACUGGCGGCGUAGCCAGAACAUGAGAGCUUGGCUGAAGAAGACGUGCAGAGACUAACAGAGGCGCAUCCGGUCAAGAACAGAAGUACAAAACCAUCUACAUGAUCACAGGAUGUAGCCAUCGCAUGCAUUAUUGCAUUUUGUUAGUUAGCAGAGAGUUACUGGUGCUGUAUUUGUAGGAUCGAACAAGAUCAAACAAACCUACCAGAGGGGGAUGAAUGGUAGGGAAAAACAAAACCCAAAAAUCUU